AAAUGAAGAAUUCUCUAAUGAAAGUAAUGAAUUAUUGAAGGUUCAAAAGGGUGAUAUAAUAUUUGAAGAAUCAUCUAAUGAAACUAAUGACCUAGUUGAAUCAUUGGAUGUUCAAGAUGAUAGUAUAAUGUCUGAAGAAUCAUCUAAUAAAACUGUUAAUUUAGUUGAAUUAUUGGAUAUUCAAGAUGAGAGUAAUAUGAUAUUUGAAGAAUCGUCUAAUGAAAGUAAUGAUAUAAGUGAAUCUUUAAAAGUUGAAGAAAAUGAACAUACUGAAUUUG